CGCUUCUCGCCGCCCGCCCCGCCUCGCGCCUGCGCCGUGCCGCGCGGCGGUUGGCGGGCUGCGGGCGAGAUGGGGCUGCUGGGGGACUGCGAGGCCCUCUUCGGCGCCGCCGAUCUGUACCGCGUGUUAGGCGUCCGCCGGGAGGCCUCGCCGGAGGAGAUCCGCCGAGCCUACCACCGCGCCUCGCUCCGCGUCCACCCUGACCGGGCCGAGCCCGAUGCCAAGGAGGAGGCGACGCGGCGGUUCCAGAUCCUGGGCAAGGCGUACGCUGUGCUGAGCGAUGCGGAGCAGCGCGCCGUGUACGACGAGCAGGGCACGGUGGACGAGGAGGGCGAGGCGCUGCGGGCCGAGCGGGACUGGCAGGAGUACUGGCGGCUGCUGUUCAAGAAGAUCACCAUCAAAGAUAUUCAAGACUUUGAGAAGAACUACAAGGAUUCAGAGCAAGAGCUAGCAGAUAUUAAGUCAGCCUACGUGGAUUUUGAGGGUGACAUGGACAGAAUAAUGGAGUCGGUACUGUGUGUGGACUACACGGAUGAGCCAAGAGUGAGGAAGAUUAUACAAAGAGCCAUUGAUGCUGGAGAACUCCCGUCCUACAAAGCUUUUGUGAAAGAGUCCAAGCAGAAAAUGACGGCAAGGAAGAGGCGGGCAGAAAAAGAAGCUAAAGAGGCAGAAGAGAGUAGAAAAGAAUUGGGCCUUGGUGAUGGAGAAGAUGACUUGAAAGCGCUGAUUCAAAGCAGAAAUAAAGAUCGAAAAAAGGAAAUGGAUGACUUUUUGGCCCGAAUGGAAGCAAAAUAUGGCAAUAAUGCUAAAAAGGGAGGAAAGAAGACUGCAGCCAAGAAAGGAAAGAAAUAAAGGACUGUGUAUGCUGAAGUGUCAAGUAUCAUUUUGGUUGGGAACAUGUGGAUUUGGGAGUUUCAGAGUUUUUCUGGACUGCUGUUUCAGUGUGCGUGCAUCAACUUGCUGUAACUGGGGAGCAUGAUGCAGAACACAUCAUGAACAAGAAAGACAAAGCAUUCUAGCACCACUGUUUAAAAUUAUUUGGAUGCUUUUUAGUUAAGGUCAAGCCAAUUUUUGGCUAAUAGUUUUGUUACAGUAAGGAGGUGCUGAGAUGCCUGGGAUGGCUGCCUGUUUAUUCAACUUGUGCUGAAUCACGUUCCCUCCAACACGUAAGGAGUGCCAGUACUGCUGAUGGUGAAACAAAGUGAUCCCACACCUCUGAGAGUCCUUGCCACUCAUUCCUGUGGCUUCUGAGUUAGAAACAAAUCUUUUUGUUGUUCACACGUUUCUUUUCUAACCAAUCUUGUGCAGUUUUUAAAGAUCUUUGCAGUACAGCUCAACAGGUAUUUUUCAGAUAUUCCAUGGGUUUUAUAAAAACUUUUGAAAAUAGAAGAUUUAAUAAAUGAUUUUGCAGAA